AUGCAUCCAUCCUACGUUUCCCUGGCCAUCAUGGCCGUCGGUGCCGCCGCUGCGCCCUCCUACCCCAAACCUGAUGGCCAGAGCGAUCCCUUCAACACUUUCCCCUUCAUGUCUGACACCAGUGCUGCCGUCGAAGAUGAUGAUGGGAUGAACAACCCCGUUCCUGCAUACAUGGAGGCUAUGCAGAUCGCCGAGUCCGCCCAGGCCGGUGAUUAUAACUCGGCCCCGGCUUCUUCUCAGUCUUAUCAACCCGCCCAACAGGCCCAGGAACCUGCUCCCACUUUCCAACAGGCUCCCCAGGCGGACCCGGCGCCCACUUUCGAGGCUCCUCAGCAAGCAGCAGCUCCUCAGCAGCAGGCGCAGGCUCCCCAGGAAGAGGCAGCUCCCCAGCAAGAGGCAGCUCCCCAGCAGCAGGCAGCUCCAACUUUCCAAGCUCCUCAACUGAAGCCGGAGCCCACUGUUCAAGUUGUUUCUGAGGCUGCUGCACCCCAGCCCACCCACAUUGUGGUAAUCAAGCCUGAUGUGGUGGCUCAGCCUCACUCGCAACACAGCGAGAUCCCGGCAGCUGUCUCCAACAUUGCUCCAGCUCCUCUGUCGGAUCCGGUGCCUCCCAUGCAGAUGCCCUCUUCUACCCCGGUUGUUGAUGAUAUGCCUAUGAUCUCCGAGGCUCCUAUGAUAUCUGAUAUUGAAAUGUUCUCCGCUGUGCCGGACAUGCCAGAGACAUACUCCUCAUCUUUCUCCACCGAAGCUGUUGUGACCAUUCUUCCCGUGCCUGAGCCCCACCACAGUGUGAUGUCCUCCAUGGUGCACUCAGUUAUGCAGACUCCCAUGUCCAUUCCCGAGGCCAAGGCUAAGACAUCAUCAACCCACUCCAUGAUGAUGCCAGUCUUGCCCAAGGAGACCCACUCGGUCAUGAUGCAGCCCACACCCACUCACCAGAUCAUUGUUACCAUGUCCACCAAGGCUCGCCCUACACACUCCGUCUUGAUCCACGAGCAGCACAUGUCCUCGAGCCAUGUCCACGCAACUCCCUCCAGCUCGGCUUCAGCCUCUGCCACUCCUUCCCCAAGUGCCAAGGCCGCCAGCCCCCUGGGACCUCUCGGUGAAAUGUUGGGAGGACUGCCCAUCCUGGGCGGUCUCCUUGGCCGCCUCGGCGCCUAA